AAAAAUGACACCAAACUCACCCAAUCUAUCAAGUGGUACUAGGAUGAAUUUUGGUAGGAUUGUUGAAGAAGAAGUAGAAUUGGAUGAUCGGGAUGGGAUUGAUACAAAUAACAAUGAUAAAAGGUUGAUCGGAGGAGAAGAAGGACAACAGAUUGAUUUUUUGAUUAGUAAUAAUAAUAUUCGGAAUAAUUCAUUAUUGAUUAGUGGUAAUAACGUGAUUGAUAAUAGUACUAGUGGAACAUCACCUAUUCAGAUUGUACAAAUUGGUGGAGAAUCAACAGCUUCAGAAAGAAUUGUGUUUGAUUUUUCAGAUGCUCCAUCACCUCGUUUGAAUAUUGAUAACACAACAAGAUUGAGGAAAAAAUCACUCACUUCACCAUUUACUCCUCCUUCCGCUUCGAGUGACAAUGGGAGUGAUAGUGGUUGCAACACAUUGCAAUCUCCAAAUAUUGAUACAACUUCGAGAUCAAUCUCUGAACGAUUGAAUUUAGCAACACCACACAUUGAAGAAAAUCAACUAAAAUCGAAAAAGAAAAUGCCAUUACAGAGGUUUGAUAGUUUUUUGAGAUAUCUGCACAGAGAAUUGAAUGUGACAACAAGAAAUUCGCCCAAUGUAAUUUCAAAUUCUGAAGGAAAAUCUACUAAUGAUGUUAUAAUGUCCGCAGAAACACCUACAAGUACUCAAUCAACACCAAUAUGUGAUAAUUCUCAAAGUUCUCUAAAUGGAAAACCAUAUAAUUUUCCAAAUGGAUUUAUCAAAUUAUCACACGAUCCAAAAGAUAAUUGUUUCACAGAUGAAGAAUUGAGAGGUCAAUUGUACAAAUUUAUUGAGAUACCCAUUAGAGUGGAGAGAUUUUUAUUCUUUGGAUUUUUCAUUUGUUUGGACACAUUUCUAUUUUAUUUGACCUUCUUUCCUGUGAGAGUGUUUUUAUCAUUGUGGAGAAUUAUUUGGUCCAUUGUAAAAUAUAUUAUACUAUUACCAUUUAGAGGAUGUUUAAGAGAGAUGAGUAAUGGAAAUAGCAGAUUAAAACCGAGUGUGAAUGAGUCAGUCCUAUUUGAUUUGGUGAAGUUUUUCUGCCUCGUCAUUAAUAUAAUUCUCAUCAUGCAAACAACUGACUAUUCACUACUGUAUCACUACAUUAGAGGAGAAUCAAUUUUAAAGUUGUACGUGAUUGGUAAUAUGUUGGAUGUAUUUGACAAGUUGUGUUCCUCCUUCGGUCUAGAUUCACAAAUAGCUCUCCUUUAUUCUUCCAAACAAUUUGUCAAUGGUAUAUUGAAUGAUAGGAGUGGGUCGUGGAAAGAAUUUGGGCACAUGACAGUAAUGUUCAUAUUCCACAUGAUUUAUCUCUAUGUGCAUAGUAUUGUACAAUUGAUUAGAAUUGUUACCUUAAAUGCAGCCCUGAAUAGUUCUAAUUACACUCUUCUUACAAUGAUUAUCUCGACAAACUUUGUAGAAUUGAAGGGUAGUGUAUUCAAGAGAUUUACAAAGGAGAAUCUUUUCCAACUAGCUAGUAGUGAUGUAGUGGAAAGAUUUGAGAUUUUUUGGUUUACUAUUUUGAUCUUUGUACAAAACACAUUGAGAACAAUUGUGGAUUCAACCUCUGGGCCUGUUGAAGGAGUUGACUUGAAUGACUUUGAAACUAUGACAAACCUGGAAGGCUCUAGCUCACUAUUUUCCUUCCUCGACGACAAGUUGGAAGAGUUUGGUCAUAUUUUCAUAUUCAUGAUUUGUGCUGAGAUUUUAGUAGAUACUCUCAAGCAUACCUUUGUCUCCAAGUUUAACAGCAUUCAUCCAUCAACAUUUAGAAUGUACACUCUCAAGUUAUGUGACGACUUGAUAUCUCAUUCUGAUUCAGCAAAAAAGAGUGAGACAACUUCAGUGGUUGUCUCAUCCUUCUUUCACAAUACAAAUAGAAGUAAGGUUGCAAGAAGAUUGGGAUUUUUGGAAGGCCCACUCAUCACUCACACCCUUCGAAUGAUUAUGGAAGUAAUGCUACCAUGGCUAUUUCACUUUGUGGCUGUUCUUGGAUAUAGUAAUAAUUGGGAUUCAUUGGAGACAUUAAUUGCCAUUCCUUCUCUUUCCAAAGUAAUUUAUCCAAUUAUCAUAACAUUGCUUGGAUUUUUAUGCUUAUUCCUUCUCAAAUUAUUGAUAUCAAUCACAAUCAUUGGUCAUGCAGCUAAAAAUUUGUGUGCUUACAAGCAAGAUCCAAAUAAUGUAAUUCCAAACUUCCCCGAUCGUUACAUGAUGUUUGAUAAAAGAAUUCCCUAAUUCUAUAUGUUCAUAAAUAUAUAAAGGUAUUUUACAAUAUAGUCCUACCUUUAUCUUGUUUAUUGGC